AUGUAUUCCCGCCAGAUUCUUUCUCGUUUAACAACAUCAACAAUUCGUUCGCGUUGUUUUGCCAGUACACUUGUACUUGCCGAACAAAUCGAAGGUGGGAAACUUGCACCAGUCACAUUGAAUACAUUGACAGCUGCUGCUCAAUUAAAACAAGACAUUGAUUGUGUGAUCUUCGGUACAGAGAAAACGAACGAAACAGCCAAUGAAUUGAAAAAAUUUACUAACUGCAACAUUAAAAAGAUUCUUCUAGCUGAAAAUGCAGGUUUUAAAGGUUUACUCAGUGAAUCUGUCACACCUGUUCUACUGGAUAUACAAAAGAAAAACAAUUAUACACAUAUCUUAGGUGGCUCGUCAACCUUUGCAAAAGGAGUUUUGCCACGCCUAGCUGCACUACUUGAUGUCCAACCAAUUUCUGAUGUAACUGCAGUUAUUGAUAAAUCCCAGUACAGCCGAUUCAUUUACGCUGGAAACGCAAUCCUAAAAUUGAAAUCGAAUGAUCCAGUGCAAAUUAUCACUGUACGUGGCACAGCUUUUGAAGCAGCUAAACAAGGCACUGGAAGCGGAGAAGCUCAAAUCGAAAAAGUGAAUAGUACACCCAACAACGAUUUGUCAGAGUUCGUUUCUCGACAAGUUCAACAAUCGGAACGUCCCGAACUGGCCAGUGCUCGUAUUAUCUUUUCCGGUGGUCGCGCUUUGAAAAGCAAAGAAAACUUCAAAUUACUUUAUGAUUUAGCUGAUCUAUUUCCAGGCCAAGCAACUGUGGGUGCAUCCCGAGCUGCUGUUGACGCCGGUUAUUGCGCAAAUGAUCUACAGAUUGGUCAAACAGGAAAAAUUGUUGCACCCGACUUAUACGUCGCUAUUGGCAUCUCCGGUGCUAUUCAACAUAUUGCUGGAAUGAAGGAUAGUAAAGUAAUUGUUGCUAUUAACAAGGAUGCCGACUCGCCAAUAUUUGCAAUAGCUGACUAUGGACUUACCGGUGAUUUAUUUAAAAUUCUUCCUGAAUUAACAGAAAAAUUGAAGAAAAAAUAA